AUUCAAUAAAAAUAAUUUAUAAUUUAUCUUGGCCCUAUUGGUUUCCAUAGAAAGCGCCACGAAUUAGCCUGGUUUCCAUAUAACGCGGAAUGACAUUCUUUCAAAUUUCCCAGAUCAGUAGUACCGAUGAAUCAAAAUGCACGCACCUCGAUAUCCAUUAAGUAUGUACGUGAAUCGAUGCACCCAAUCAUACAUUAUAAAUUCCUUAUCUCACUUUCUUUCAAGCCAUAAAAUAAUUAAAUAUGAUAUAAAUAGUGUGGGCGCUAUUAUCAGAAGCAGUAGUGCAUUGGUUUUUAUGGACCCCGAUUGUGACAUAUAACGGUGAUAAAAAAAAACCAUAACACCAAAGAAAAAUAGGAAAAUUAAGAAGAAGAACGAGUGAAAGUGUGGCAUAAAACACAAUAAUGUGAAGUUGUUACCAAACAUAAGUCAACAAUAAUUUAAUUACUGUUAAUAACAACCAAAAUUAAAAAGGCGAAAAGGCAAAGAACAGUGCCACUUGUGGGUUAGUAAUUAGAAACAAAAUUAAUUAAAGCGAAGAAAAAUGCGAAGAAACGAAUUCGAAAACAGCACUUAUAAUGCGCAAAACACGCUUCCCGCAGCUGUUUAUGUGGAGAAUUCAACUUCCGAUUCUACGAUCAAACCGUACGAUCAUACAGAGGUGGAGGAUUUAAAAAGCAGUCAGACUAUUGUCACCGAUUCAGAUACAGUUAGCAACUCAAAACAACAGUUAAAUCCAUUGCGACGCAUUUUCAUAUUGGAACCGCCCAUAUUUCUUUUGAAUUUCGCCACAUCAUUAUCAUCGGUCGUAUUUACCAAUCAAUUACUUUAUCAGUCCUGCAAAGUUAUAUUUGGACACACAGAAGCCGAAUGCGAGCCAAUGUUGGGCAUUUCGAAUGCAACAAUAGACCAUGACAUCGAAAAUCAAGUGCAGCCUUAUGUCUCACGCAUUAUAUUAGCCAAUUCAUUGAUUUCCAGUAUUAUGCCCGCAGUGUUAGCGCUCUUUAUUGGUGCAUGGUCUGAUCGUUUUGGACGUCGGCCGGUGCUUUUGAUUUCACUAAUUGGUAUUUCCUUGGGCUUUAUUGUCAGCUUUAUUUUGGCCAUGGUCUCCGCUGAAUCUCCUACUAAUCCCUGGCUGUAUGUUAUCGCACAAAUUCCUCCAGCCUUAACUGGCUCUUCUUGCGCUGUUAUGAUCGUCUGUUACUGUUAUAUCGCCGAUGUGGCGCCACCACAAUUGAAGGGUCUCAAAAUGGUCUUGAAUGAUGCUGCCAUUGGCGCUGGUUCCGUCGUCGGCACACUGGCGGGCAGUGCACUCUUCGCACACACUAGCAUGCAGGUCGUAUUUGUCAUUUCGGCAGCAGCAACACUAAUAGCCUUCAUAUAUAUAUACUUCGUGAACGAGGAGAGUUUGAAGGUAGCGCACACAUCUUUGGGUUAUAAGCUCUGUCAAUUCUUCAGCAUUAAUCACGUGAUUGAUCUGGUGCGCACCUGCAUUGCCAGACGUGCUAAUUACAUGCGCACCUUUAUCUGGUUCGCCAUGAUCGCUUUGAUCAUAACCAACUUCACAACGGCUGGUGAAGGCAACGUAUUUUACUUGUUCUUGCGUGCCAAAUUCGAUGUGACUGUUAGCCAGUACAGUGACUUCAAUUCAAUUGGCGAUGCCAUACAAAUUAUUGGUGGCAUUAUUGCUGUUAUUGUAUUCAGGAAAUAUUUGUGUCUGUCUAUCGUCAGCAUGGCCAUGCUCUCUCUCCUCUCCGCAGUUUGUGAGAGCACAGUGCGUGCUUCCGCGGAGAAGUUUUGGGAAAUGUACCUCGGUACGGCAUUGGGCUUUAUAUCGGGCAUUAUUGCACCUAUGUUGUUGACAAUUCUCGCCUUCGUUACGCCCACAAAUGAAACUGGCAAGGUGUUCUCCGUCUCUACUGCGCUGCAGACAAUCACACCGCUCGGAGCAUCACCGCUCUACACAAGUGUCUACGAUGCUACACUCUCCUACUAUCCGGGCAUGUUCAAUAUCAUCAGCGCAUUGUUGUAUUUCAUUAGUUUUGUGCUUGUGACCGUAAUAUUAAUUGUAUCGAAGCGUAAGGAGAUUAUCGUUAGCCCUCCAAGUCCACCUAGAGUUUAAUUUGCAACUUUAGCAUUUAUUAGGGUAGAUCGAAAUGUGCCCGACGAAUAAACAAAUUGUUUGCUUUACAGUAUUAUGUGGCAUUUGUUGCAUUAAAGUCUUGCUGUUUAUAGAAAAUAUUAUUGUAAUAAGAUUUAGUUGUUGUUAAUUUAUAAUAUGUUUGUAUGCAUAAUAGCUGCACAAAUAUGUAAAUACAUAUAUUACAAGUAUUUACUUUCUAUAUAAGUAUGUUUGUAUAUUUAAAUUUUUGUAAGGAACUUGAAUGGACUGCUGUGGAAUUUGUAGUAUAUAUGAAAUAUAUACUAAACUUAUUCGGCUGUCAUAAUCUUUUAAAAGUUUAGUUAUAAAACUUAGGGCUAGGUUUAAAAUAUCUUAAAUGUUUCACAAAAUAUUAUAAUUAUUUUAAGCUAUUAUUUAUUUUUUACUAACGACAAUUUAAGAAUAAAUAAAUUAUAGUGAAGAAUAUAAUAAACUAAAGCAUUCUAAGAGAAUUCAGUGAUCCGAUUCGAAUCUUCUCAAUUUUCUAAGUGCGACAAAUUUCAUAAACUUGGAAAUUAUAGAAGUAGGAAUCCUGUAAUAAAAAAAUAAAAAUUUAAAAAAGGAACGAAACAUUUCAUAAUCUCACAAUUUAAAAAGAUCAAAGGCGGGGAAAUACCUUCAGGUGUUGGUAAAACUUAAUGGAUUACAAUAAAAUAAAGAUCUGACAUAAAUUAACCGAAGAGGCUAAAUUGAUUAUAUUGAAUAUAUGUGGAAAACGUCAACCAAAAAAUUGGAAUUGAUGAUAUUAAGGAUAUGAGAAAAAGGCCAAGGCGAUGAAAAUCAAUUUCAUUCAUGUUCAGCGCUUAGCCAUUAAUAUAAUAAAGUUUGUUAG